AUGUUCACACCUGAACAAUUGCAAAAAGUAUGGUCCCAAUUGGGAAAUAUGUCACAUUUAUUAGGAGCCAAUGGUUCUGGUGGACCAGCUCCCAAUCUAUUUCCACCACCAACUUCACCAACAACUUCGAAUUUAACAAGUGAUCAGGUUAGUUAAUUGACAGAGGCUCUUGUGGGGUCCUUUUAAAUUUCGAUAUUUUAAACAAUUCUAAAUUUUUUAUGACUUCAUUGACAGAAAGUUUUUUGAAUCAGUGGAAAAAAAAGAUUUUUGGUAAAAAAAACUUAUUUUUAGAAAUAUGAAAUUUUAAGAGAUCCCUCUCAUCUGCUGUCUUUUCAAUAAAAUACUUUUUAUAAGAAAUUUAACGUUCGAAAAACAUUCAUGGCCUUGUAAAACAAAUAUCACAUCACAUAUCAUUCGCAAUUACUGUAUUUGAUAGGAUUAAAAGCAACCCCAACCGCAACCGCGCUGAAAUAUUUGAAAAGAAAAAAGAAGAAUUGCGCCAAGAAAAAAGAAUCGAGUGUGUUUGUGAUUCAUAAAAGGCAAAAUCGUCGCUUCUUUUGUUUCAUGUUGGCGCAAAAUCGUUCGCGACACCCUAAAAUGUCAAAUUACUCAUCAACCAAAUACAAAAAGCGCUUUAAUGAUAAUAAUAACAGUCAUCAACAUCAUCAUUAUUUUUUGCUUUAUUACAUACAUUUGUAUUAUUAGUAUAAAUAUAUACAUUUUUUGGUGGAUAGGGUUGGUCAAUAUUUGAAUCACUUUUUGAUGAAACUUUUCUCGAUGUAAUGUUUUUUCAUAUUUAUAUAAUAUGAAAGGCAUUAUAGAUAUAUAGAUAGAUAUGUUAUUGAUAUUGGUUUCAAAAUGAAAAAAAAAGAAGAUCGACUUCAAAAGUUCAAUCGCAGCGAAAUCAAAUUUCCUGCUCGUCUCAAUUUCUUUCCUUCUUCUCGGAAAAAAUCUCUUUCUCACAUCGCAUCAUAAACAAAAUCCAAUUUAGGCCAACAAAGAGCCCUUCUCUCUGUGUUUCACAUAAUCUCAUUUCAUUUUAAUAUCCAAUCCUCCCAAUUGUUGCAGAUUGUCAAAACGUGUGAACAACUUGAAGAAUCAGGAGAUGUCGAUCGUUUAGCUCGUUUUCUUUGGACAAUUCCACCGGCUCAAGCACAAGAUGUUGUAUCAAAUGAAGUUGUUUUAAGAGCUCGUGCAUUGGUUUGCUUUCAUAUGGGCAACUUUCGAGAACUUUAUGCGAUUCUAGAAAAUAACAAAUUUUCACAAAAAUCACAUCCAAAACUUCAAGAAAUGUGGCAUGAAGCGCAUUAUCGAGAACAGGAAAAGAAUCGUGGAAAGUGAGUUGAUUACAGUAAUCUGGGAAGGGAAUGUAAACAAUUGAGCCGCAUUCAUUCAUUUAUUAUUAUAUAUAACAACUAAAUAUCUAUUUGUUUUUGUUGAGUCGCCGCCGAAAUGAUUUUUGAAUUUUAUUUUUUGGCGCCAAGGGGUUAAAUUGAAUAGAAUCAUAUCUACAGUACCUCUCAACCUCCUCAAUUCAUCAAAAGCCAAACCCGCCACAUACAUAUUAGCGUAUGUGUAAAUCAUUGCUAAUUGACAUCAAAAAUAAUAAUAAUGGCUACACACCAAUUUGACACCAUUUGCCUUCUGUUAGAAUAAUUAUUCGAAUAAAAUAACAUUUUGUAUUUUUUUUAGAUCACUAUGUGCAGUCGACAAAUAUCGUGUGCGAAAGAAGUUUCCAAUGCCAAGAACAAUUUGGGAUGGUGAACAAAAAACACACUGUUUCAAAGUGAGUCCAUUUCAGAAUUUCGCAAAUUCCUCUAAAUAUCAAAGAAAAACAAAUAAAUGUUAACAAUAACAUUUUCAGGAGCGAACUCGAAGUUUGUUGCGUGAAUGGUAUUUGAAGGAUCCAUAUCCGAAUCCGGCAAAAAAGAAAGAAUUGGCAAAUGCGACUGGUCUCACAGCGAUGCAAGUUGGUAAUUGGUUUAAAAAUCGAAGGCAACGGGAUCGAGCAGCAGCUGCAAAAAAUAAGUGAGUUUUUUUAUUUAAAAACAAAAUUUUACGAAGGCAGAUUAGUUUCAAAUUCAACCUUGAUGUAUAGUUAAGUCGAAAAUGACACCAGAGUAUUUAUUAAUGGUUAACCAACAACACGAAAAAAAACAUUUUUUCAGGUCGAAUAUUAUUGGGGUUGAAUUGAAGAAAACAUCAUCUGAUUUAUCUGAUUCCGAAGAUGAUUUCGAUGAUUCAAUGACUGAUUCACCAAGUCCAAUUGAUGAGCCAAAAGAUCUGAGUUCCAAGCCAUCAAUGUUAUUCCCACUUCGACCAAAUCUUCCACCAAAUUUGAAACCGCCGUUUGAUCAAUUAUUUGCGACAAAUCCAUUGCUCAUGUUUAAUCCAGCAUUUUUCCAAUUUUCUCAAAUGUUCCAACAAAUGGUGCAAAAUCAACAACAACAACAGCAACAGCAACAACAUAAUAAUCUAAACACGAGUCACAAAGAAGAUGACCCAAAACCUAGUCACACAAAACUAUCCAUCGACGAAAUUUUAAAUCUAAAAUCCGAAGUAAGCCCUUCACAAUGUUCUCCCUGCUCACAAACUUCAUCGCCAACAAAAUCAGAAGAUACACCAAGUAGUUCACCCUCUCUUCAUCAUACCACAUCUUCAUCCGAACCAUUGUCCCAACCAGAAUAG